AUGGGGAAGCGCGGCGGCAAGAAGGGCGGUCGUGGUCGUGGAGGCGGCGGAGGUCAGCGGCCUCGACCUGAUAACCGAGUCAACAAGGCGGACAUCCCUCGUCACAACGAGAAAUUUGAGCGCUACUACAACAACCUGGGAGCUGUGGCUGAGACCGAAACAGAAGACUUCUGGGAAGCAAUGAGAAGAGACUUGCCCAACAGCUUCAGGUUCACGGGCUCAAAAGCACAUGCCUUGGCUGUUCAAGAGCGCCUGCGAAAAUACUACAUCCCCGAGAUCACUUCUAUCACCUACGAAGAUCGAUAUGUAGACGCACCAAAACCCGUCGAGUGGUACCCCGACCAACUUGCUUGGUUCAUGACAACUCCCAAGAAUGUCAUCCGACGAUUCAAACCCUUUGCAUCCUUCCAGAAGUUCUUAGUUGCCGAGACCGACGUUGGGAAUAUCACUAGACAAGAGGUGGUCAGCAUGAUUCCGCCACUGCUCAUGGAUCUGAAACCACACAUGACGGUCUUGGACCUUUGCGCUGCUCCUGGGAGCAAGUCGGCGCAGCUGAUAGAGAUGAUCCAUGCCGGCGAGGAGGAUCGAUCGAGACAAGUCGCUUCAAAUACAGCAAAAGGCCUGGAUCUCCCUGAAGGAGAGGAGUUCGUUGACGACGGUAGAUCUACUGGACUUCUUAUCGCCAAUGAUGUUGAUUACAAGCGAGCCCACAUGUUGGUGCAUCAAAUUAAGCGACUCAGCUCUCCCAACAUCAUCGUUACUAAUCACGAUGCAACUGUCUUCCCUUCGAUUAAGAUUGCGCCCGUACCUUCGACAGACGGGAAGCCCAACCAAAAUAGGUACCUUAAGUUCGACCGCAUCUUGGCCGAUGUACCCUGCUCGGGCGAUGGUACUGUCAGGAAGAACAUGGAGAUUUGGAUGAACUGGACUCCUAGUAAUGGUCUGGGUCUCCAUGCUACUCAAGUUCGCAUCCUAAUGAGGGCUUUGCAAAUGCUCAAAGUUGGUGGCCGGGUUGUCUACUCAACUUGCAGCAUGAACCCUGUGGAAGAUGAGGCUGUCCUAGCUGAGGCAAUCAGCCGAUGUGGUGGAGCCCACUUGGUAGAAUUACUCGAGACCAAAGAUUAUCUCCCUGGUCUCAAACGUUACCCAGGCUUCAAAAAGUGGUCUGUGAUGGACAAGACGGGUAGGAUCUGGAAUGAUUACAACUCUGUCUUGAAGCAAAAGGAAAACGGCGAUGACGAAGCUUUGAACCGACUAUCUGCAAGCAUGUUCCCGCCAGCGUCAGACAUACCGCUUGAUCGAGCCAUGCGCAUCUACCCACACUUGCAGGAUACAGGUGCCUUUUUCAUUGCCAUACUUGAGAAGAAAUCUGAGAUCAAAGCCAAACAAGGAGAAAAGCUGGCUGUGUUACAGGACCCUGUAAAGGUUGAGACAUCGGAGUUUAAUAUCGUCAAGGUGGAGACUGCUUCCAAUGACAAAAUUGAGAACAUAGGAAGCCCCGAAAGCAGUGCGCAAAAGCGAAAACGGGACGAUGAUGAGGCGGUGAGUAUACCCAUUAAACGAGCUAGAAGCCAAGAUGGCGUCGAAAAUGGUCCAGCCUCUCUGAGCGAGCAGGUAGCGGCGAGUGCGACGACUGAAGAUAACACCAAACCCCCCGAAAAUGGUCAGACACCUGCAUAUGAGUCGGCACAAGCGGCUCCAUCGAGGCCUCAGAAAAGAAGGAAUCGCGAUCAACCGUUCGAGGAGCCUUACAAAUAUCUGUCCCCAUCGAUCCCUGAACUUGAUCAGAUCACAGAAUUCUACAAUCUUUCCAGCCGUUUCCCCAGAGACCGAUUCAUGGUCCGAAACCCGGAGGGGACAGCAACCAAGAAUAUGUACUACACCAACGCCCUAGCGAAAGAGAUUUUACAGGAGAACGAAGGCAAAGGUCUCAAGUUCGUACAUGCAGGUCUCAAGAUGUUCGUCAAACAGGACGCACCUGCGCCUGAUGUAUGUCCCUGGCGGAUUCAAACCGACGGGCUACGGCUGCUCGAGACUUGGGUGGGCAACGAGCGGGUUGUCAAGCUGCACAAGAAAGAAACGCUACGAAAAUUACUGAUUGAGAUGUUCCCCCGCUUCCAUGGCGAGGAGUACAAAAGUCUUGGCGAGGUCGGUGAGCAAAUCUUGAAGCUCAAGAUGGGGUGCUGCGUGUUGAUCAUAGAGCCCAGCGAUGCUGAAGACGGCCUGAGUGAGCGGAUGGUGUUCCCUCUGUGGAAAUCGGUGCAGAGCUUGAAUUUGAUGCUACCGAAAGAGGAGCGGAGGGCUAUGCUUCUUCGACUUUUCAACGACGAUACACCGCUUGUGAACCUUAGCAAAGGAUGGGCUGGCAAUAAGGGUCAAAGUGGCGAGGAGCAAGGUGGGCUUUCCAACGGUCAGGCUGCUGCCGGCAAACCGAUGCAGCACGCAAAUGGAACUCUGGCGUUGGAGACGAGGGGCCGUAACAGCAGCUCACUAGAGCCUGAUAUUGAGGCUGAGCUUAAGAUUGGUGAAGCCCAGGAAGGAGAUGCGCAAUUAUCCGACGACGAUGAUGGAGGCGUUCAACUGGCGUAA